AUGUCUGCACCGCUCUCCUCCUCCCUCCCCUACCCAACUUCUCAACCACCACCACCCCCACCACCAUCGUCAACGCAGCACCAAGCUAUUGACCCACACCUGCAGCACCCAAUGUAUGCAACUGACUAUCCUCGCCCACCGCAUCAUCCACACCCGCACGCAACAGUUGGUGCACCCCUUUCCUCGCGCUACCAGCCAUACCCAGCAGGGCUAGUGCAUCCCCCUCCCCCUUCAGCGCGUGUAGAUGGACCUCAGCCGCACUCGAAUGAGCAAAGUCCCGAGGACCAGGGACAGGGUGCGGGGAGGGUACUGAGCACCAGCAAGAGAGCGGAGCAGAACCGGAAGGCACAAAGAGCGUUUCGGGAGCGACGAGAGCAGCACGUAAAACAGCUCGAAUCCCGUUCCCAACUACUGGACGCUGCUCUAGCCUCCGCUGACGCAGCAAACCGUCGAUACGAAGAAGCCCGAGCAAUGGUCGAGCAGCUCCGGAGUGAAAACACCGCUCUCCGAACUGCUCUCCAAGCUGCGUCCGGAGGCUCAGGGUCGGCGGCUGCGGCUGCUAUACCUCCUGCUUCUACUGUACAGUUGGGCAAGCUCAGCCCACCCAGGGAGUCGAAGGUUAAUGGCAGCUCUGCUACUGCAGCGGGGUCCCCCAGGAGCCAACAGCCGGUCAGUGACGCACGGAGUGAGGGACGCGGAGGGAGCAGGGGAAGCCACGACGAGGUUGCUGAACAGAUGGACGAACCAUGACUAUCCUGGAUGGUCCGUUGUAUGCUGUUGGUAUCUCUUGACUUGGUUUGUCUGUCCUCCCACUCUGCCAGAAAACCUUACGCUCGUUGUGCACUACUUCGACGAUGUCUCGAUAUAGCUGUUCCUUCCCCUUCCUGUUGUAGGCUCGCCGCGCUGGGUGGCAUAAUCUAUAAUGAUAUUACUCGUCUCUCCCUUUCAUAUUCUUGCCAGGCAAGACCAUAACGUACUGUACAGCACCCACACCGUCCUCGCCGACUGGCUGAGCGGGGCACCGACUGUCCAUUUCAAUCUUCAGGGUCUCUCCGGUGGUGUAUAUCGAGGGGUUGCCAAGAAGCAUUAAC